GCUCCGAUUGCUUGUACCUUUCGUUUUAAAACUUGUACCCUGCCCAUCUUUUCCAUUGUCGAAGAACCACCUUCUCUUCUUAAAGAACAUACCUCGUCUCCUCGCCGUCAUUAAAACUCCUUAUUUAUGAUCGUUUCUUCUCUUCAACAAAGCCAAUCAAAAUUAGGGCUACAGAAAAUCCUAAAUCAACAGUUAUUGACCCGGGUUCAAACGGAUCCCUCUAAGUCCGAUCCAAAACUAUGUCUGACGCCGAUAAACCACCGACCGUACAAUCACGGUCGACGACCCUGCCAGUCGAGGUGCGAUCGGUUUGGGCUGAUAAUCUUGAAUCCGAAUUUAAGCUGAUCCGAUCGUUAAUCGAUAGGUACCCGUUAAUAUCAAUGGAUACGGAGUUCCCUGGCAUUGUAGUCCGGCCUACUGCCGAAGAUCCAUACAAUCGGUAUCGUGAUCCUAACGCGCACUACUUGAAUCUCAAGGCUAAUGUUGAUAUGUUGAAUUUGAUCCAAGUCGGUCUGACGAUCGCUGAUGAUGAAGGUAAUCUGCCACAUCCUGGCACGAAUAGUUGUUGUAUUUGGGAAUUCAAUUUCCGUGAUUUUGAUGCCUCGCGCGAUGCUCACGCGCAUGACUCGGUUGAAAUGUUGAGAAGCCAAGGCAUCGAUUUUGAGAAGAACCGGCAGUUUGGUAUCGACUCAGUUAAAUUCGCUGAACUCAUGAUGUCUUCAGGCCUUGUCUUGAAUGACUCGGUGAGUUGGGUAGCGUUUCACGGCGCUUAUGAUUUCGGUUACUUGGUAAAGUGUUUGACUCAGCGAGUUUUACCGGUGGAAUUAACGGAGUUUCUUGGCAUAGUAAGGUUGUUCUUUGGGGCUAGGGUUUAUGAUGUGAAGCAUUUGAUUCGAUUUUGCGAUCUUUAUGGUGGGUUGGAUCGGGUUGGCAAGGCCCUGGGUGUAGAGCGGGUUAUAGGGAAGAAGCAUCAGGCUGGGUCUGAUAGCUUGUUGACACUGCAUGCGUUUCAGAAAAUAAAAGAGAAGCACUUCAAGAAUGAAUAUGAAGAAAAACUAGACAAGUACGCGGAUGUUUUAUAUGGUUUAGAGGUGUUUUCUUAAUUUGAUUGGCUCUUAAUUGAAUGUAGAUUUUAUCUUCUUUCUGUCUUAGAAAGCAAGUUUCCUUGUAUACAUUUGGGGUUUUAACAAAUAUUAAUAGUAGUCGUUAAUUAAAUUCUUUAAGUUAAUCUA